AUGGUUCUUGAAGUCCUCAUUAUAGGCGGCGUUGUGUAUUACUUUGCGCACAAGCGCCACGAAAAGAAGAAAGCCCGCCUCGCAGCUGAAGCCGCUGCCGCCAACGCUGGUAAUCCAUCGAAUCAACAAUAUCUACCAACAUCAUCACGGGACAAGGGCAACGAAGCCGAUGGUUACUCAGACCUACCAUCAUAUGGCGAUGCGCGGCGGCAACGUCCACCAGUGUACGAGCAAACAGGAGGGGCGCUGCCGGCAUACGAGGAGAGGGGAGCGGUGGUGAAUGAGAAGAGUCCGUUGGUGAAUGUCAACGAGCAGAGUCGAUAG